CAUGUACAUUUGUAUGAUAGUGCGCCUCAAACCGCUCUCAUGCAGCAGCAACUUGACUGCCUUGACGCAUGGUCAGUUGAUAAUAUGAUCAUGAAACUUAACCCUAGUAAGUGUCAAGUCAUGAUCUCAUGCUUUCAUAGAACACAAAUGGACGUGCCUGUUUUCCAUAUUGGUGACUCUGUUAUUAAACAAGCUAAUUGUAUUAAAUUAUUAGGCAUUCUUGUUCAAGAAGACUUGAAGUGGAUUGCCCAGGUUGGGAAGUAUGUGUACCAAAUUCAACAUGAAACUUUACUUUCUUCGCAUGCUCAAUUGUUUUAUUCUCCCUCGGGCUGACCUUGUUACCAUUUUUUAUACAGUAUGUCAGGCCCACUCUGAAAUAUGGCUCCUUUUGUUUGGUUUUGUGGUUUGACUAAAUCACAAAGCGAGUGCCUUGAGGGGCUGCAGAGGAAAGCUUUUUGCAUUAUUCUUUCUACUGACACCGUUAACUCUAAACCAUAUAGUGAAAUCUGCCAGACAUUUCAAAUUCCACCUGUCAUUGCUAGGCUUGAAAAGCUCAGCCUUAAUUUUGGGAACACUUUGCUGAACUCCAACAUUCACAGUGGAUGGCUUCCUCCAAGGAGGAAUAAUAACUUAAGAAAUUCUAACCAGUUGUCUGCUAUCAGAUGCCGCACUAACCGCUACAAGACUUAAGCACUAUUCCAUACCUGGUUAACCUCAUCAACAAACAAUAGCUUGUUUUAUUCCUCUUGUCGGGAAUUCAACCGCUGUGAAUGUCGGCUUUUAAAUCACAUCUUUAUCCAAUAGUUUGUUUAUUUUUGCUGUCUUUGAUUUUUGUUCUUUUUUUUUCUUUAAGUGUUGUUUGACUGGUUAGGGACUGUUCUUUGUUUUUUGUGCAAUUUGGGGUCUUUUGCCCUGGUGCUUUUGGGGUCUUGUGUCGUUUGUGCAUGUUUUCUGCUUGUUAAUCGUUUUACAUGUAAAUAUCUUUUUAUUGUAUUUACAUGUAAUAGACUAAUAAUUGUAAACUUAAGACAGCAAUUCAAUUUUUUUUACUGCCGGUUUCUUUUUUUAAUUUAAUAUUGUUGAAUAAAUAAACCAUUAAUUUUGUUGACUAGUGUUUCAGUGUUUUUAUGGGUCCUGAGGUAUUUGUAAUACUCGCCAACAGUCUACAAUGUACUGUUAAAACCUAAAAAUCCCUUUAGAACUGUACAUGUCUGCUUUGUCAUUAAAAAUAAAAUCAAUCAUGUAUUUUGUGUACCAAUUUCUAAUCAUCAGUGCAGUGAAAGAUUGUGAUGCUGUUCUCCACCUUGCAAGUCCUUUCCCAACAGAAAAUCCAAAAGAUGAAAGUGUGUUGAUCAUUCCAGCUGUAGAGGGGACUCAAAAUGUUUUGAAGGCAUGUGCCCUGUCUUCCACUGUCAAACGAGUGGUGUUAACAAGUUCAGUUGCAUCUAUAUGUGAUUUUUCAAAAGAUUUUGAAGGAGAUGCAAAUGAAUCAAACUGGCCAGAUGUAGAUUCACUGGAUCCGUACUCCAAAAGUAAGAUGCUGGCAGAGAAAGAAGCCUGGAACUUUAUGGACAAAAUGGAAACUAGGGGUGAAAAAACAUUUGAUCUUGUGGUGAUAAAUCCUGGCUUUGUGUUAGGACCAGUUUUGUCUGGAAGCAGCUGUACUAGCAUGGAAGUAAUCAAAAGGCUAAUGUGUAGAGACCCACCUCUGAUCCCAAAGAUGAAUUUUUCUGUUGUUGAUGUUCGGGAUGUAGCAUCAGCUCAUAUUGCGGCGAUGAAACUCCCUGAGGCGAAUGGUCGAUACAUAACAACAGCAGGCAAUAUGUCGAUGAAAGAAAUGUCAGCAGCUCUUCGUGAAGAAUUUAAAGAGCAAGGUUAUCAUCCUCCUGGAACGGGAGUGCCCCAUUUUCUGUUUAAGCUUGUUGCCUUGUUUGACACUGGAGCUAAAAGGAUUGCUCCAUUUUGGGGGAAGAAAAUUGUCUUUAACAACUCAAAGGUAAGAAGUGUCCAUGUUUAA